AGGCUCUGUCUCCCAGUGAGAAGAAGCGUUUUGAAGACAUGGCCAAAGCUGACAAGGUGCGCUACAACCGGGAGAUGAGGGACUACGUACCACCUAAAGGYUUCGGAAAGAGGGGCCGCAAGAGGAAAGACCCCAAUGCUCCCAAAAGACCCCCGUCAGCCUUCUUCGUAUUCUGCAGCGAGUACCGACCCAGUGUGAAGCAGCAGUACCCGGGUCUGUCCAUAGGAGACUGUGCCAAGAAGCUGGGAGAGAUGUGGAGCAAACUGUCCCAGUCUGAGAAACAACCGUACGAAGAGAAGGCCCAGAAGCUGAGGGAGAARUACGACCGGGACAUGGUGGCGUACCGCGGUGGGGGAACCUACACCAGGAAUCCUGACUCUUCAGCUCAGGGAGCAGGGGAGGAGGAGGAUGAAGAGGGGGAGGAUGAAGACGAGGAGGAAGAGGAUGACGAGUAGAGACUGAGUGUGUGUUAGAGGAAGGUGUGUGUGUUUCAGAGGUCAGACAGGUGAGUGGGCGGAGCUUCACAGAACACCUUCCCGUUCAGAGACUUGAGGCUUCAGAUAUGUAGGGUCUGAGGAAGAGGAGGCAGACAGGUGAGGUUGGAGGUCAGGUGUUUGUUUCCAUGAUAACAGCAGUGAACUGGUCUGAGAUCAGCUGAGUUUCUGCAGGUUUCAUGGGGUGGAGCUUAUUUAUGGUACAUUCUGCAUUUGAAAUAGGCCCCGCCCCCUUUUGUAGAAAACCGAUGAAUUGGUGAUGAACCGGUUGUGACUCAUGAGCCAUGCCUCUACAUUUCUGUGUAGCUUUUUAUCCAGCACAUGUGCACACCAGAUAAUUGAUUCACCAGAUAAUUGAUUCACCAGAUAAUUGAUUCACCAGAUAAUUGAUUCACCAGAUAAUUGAUUCACCAGAUAAUUGAUUCACCAGAUAACUGAUUCACCAGAUAAUUGAUUCACCAGAUAAAUGAUUCACCAGAUAAUUGAUUCGCCAGAUAAUUGAUUCGCCAGAUAAUUAAUUCACCAGAUAAUUGAUUCACCAGAUAAUUGAUUCGCCAGAUAAUUGAUUCACCAGAUAAUUGAU